GCUGCUGUUGACCGGGUGGAAAGGCUGCGUGACGAUGACUCAGAUCAUUAUUCUGUACCUUCUGGUCCUUGUUUCAUGGAGCUCUCCUUAGAAAGAUGUCCCCGUCCUCUAAACAUUACCGCUGCGUGUGAUAUCAAACCUGACAGAGCCCACCAUGAAGGUCCUCCCAGUCCUCCGGCUGUCCCCCAGAUGUAUUCAGCCGUGUCUUUACAUAGCUUCGUGAAAGAUGUUCCUGCUCCACCCCCACCUCCUCCAGCCGAGGCAGAUCUUCCUCCUGCUGUUACCAGAUCCAGAGAUCCAGAUCCUGAAGAGCUGAAGAAGAAGUGGACAAAGAUCUUCCAGCUGCAGCGCUCGGACGGAUUCUGGGAGUUGACCACAGAUCUGGGACAGAUGAUCCGUCUGAACGUAGAUGUUUUUGCCAACGUGUUCCUG